AUGGUGACAUCGUCAAAGCCUGCCACAAUUACUGAGGCUAUCGAUCUGAGCGUGUCACUAACUAAAGAAGCUAUCAGAUUAAACAAGUUUUCGACCCCUGACCAGAACAAAAAGGAGACUCACGUUGAGUCAUCCGGUGAGAACAAGCGGAUGUCCUCCAAUUUUAAGAAAGGUACCAGCAGUACGAACAAGAAGGAUGAGACAAGCGCACCGGCCAAGGCCAAAGGAAAGGGGUAUAUGGGCACAUUGCCCAAAUGUGAUGCGUGUCAGUUGCAUCACAAUGGACGAUGCCGAGCUGGAAAAUGUGAAUCUUGUGGGAAAGUUGGUCACUUGAAAGAAACAUGCUGGGUUGGUAAUGGCCGUGGCGGUCAAAGGGGUUUUGGAAACAACAACCGUGGCGGUAAUGGUUAUGGGAACUGCCCAAAAGGAGGAAAUGGCGGAAAUGGAAAUCGUGGGAAUCAAGCUGGUAAUGGGAACCGUGGAGCGAAUAACAAUCAAGGUGGUAAUGGGAACGGUAAUGGUCGAGGACCAGGUUGUUUUAAUUGUGGAGACAUGGGGCAUUUCAAGCGAGAAUGCCCAAAGCUCAAUCAAGCACAAGGAAGGGUUUUCAACAUCGGAGUGAGAGAAGCUCGCCAAGAUCCAAAUGUGGUUACUGUUUCCACUGGAUUGUCUGCAGCUUUCUUUUCAGGUUCUGGAGGGACUUCUUCAUGCCCUGCUGCUUUUGGUGAUGCUUGA